AUGACUACACCACUGGUUCAGGCCAAUCACAUUUUUGGGUUACAAGCCUCUGUUGUUAAUAAUGUUUUGUUUUUUGAUGAUCAAAGCAUAAUUUACCCAGCUGGAAGCAGCUGUGUGCGGUACAAUGUUGACCAGAAAUGGCAGAAAUUCAUUCCAGGUGCUGAAAAAAGCCAAGGGAUGUUGGCUCUUGCAUUUAGCCCCAAUCACCGAUAUCUGGCCGUUUCUGAAAAGGGUGAAAAAGCCACAGUGACUAUAUAUGACGUACAGCACGAUCAAAGCAGAAAAAAAAAGUCACUAAGUGUCAAUGAUCUUCACGCCCAAGAGUUUGUCAGUAUUGCCUUCUCGCCAGACUCCAAAUACCUGAUUGCGCAAUCCGGGAAACCGGAUUGGACACUGAUUUAUUGGUUAUGGAAGAAACAGAAAAUCAUUGGUGUUAUGAAAACUACCACGAACACAAAUCCUAUUUAUCAGAUCAGCUUUAACCCUCAAGAUAAUACACAGAUAUGUGUGGUUGGGGAUGGCGUUUUAAAACUCUUACGAUAUUCUGAUGGAAACCUCAAACAAACAAACUUCCAAAAGUUUGAGCUCCAGAACUUUCUUGCACAUGCAUGGAUGCCAGAGGAUCACAUCGUUGUUGGCACUGACACAGGAAAACUUUACCUGUUUGAGUUAGCUGAAUUACGCUGGGAGUAUUCAAUAGUGCUGGAAAUCAGAAAGUCUCCCUCUAUCAGCCAUAUGCCUCCACCUCCACCUCCUCAAGCUAAAGUGACAGCAAUAACAAUUUAUUCCAAAGGGUUUAUUUGCUCUGCUGGACCUGGUGUUGUGUAUAUGUUUGAAAGAGGAGAAGAGAAGGAUACCUUUAAAAAAUCAAGGGUAAUUAGGAUUCCACAGGAUCCAUACAGCACAGAUCCAUCCCAUGCAGAACAACAAGAGAUUUCAACUCUUUGUCUUAGUCCCUCAGAGGAAGCGCUAAUUGCUAGUACAAAUAAGAACCAAUUGUACAGCAUCACAUUAUCUUCUGCAGAAAUAAGUAAGAAUGAGCUGACACAUUUUGAAUUUCUCUGUCAAUCGUUCCACUCCAAUGUCAUCACAGGCUUGGAUAUCUGCAUUCGAAAACCCCUUGUUGCCACCAGUUCGGUAGAUAGAUCAAUACGCUUAUGGAACUAUGAGACGAAUGUUUUGGAACUUUAUAAAGAGUUUCAGGAAGAAGCUUAUAGUGUUGCUAUUCACCCAUCUGGGUUAUAUAUUCUUGUCGGAUUUUCGGACAAGUUACGACUUAUGAACCUGUUAAUUGAUGAUAUCCGAACUUUCAAAGAAUUCACAAUUCGAAGCUGUCGAGAGUGUUCCUUCAGCAAUGGUGGACACCUAUUUGCAGUUGUGAAUGGAAAUGUCAUUCACAUUCAUUCCACAACAACGUUUGAAAACCUGGUUAAUCUUAAAGGUCACAAUGGGAAGAUUCGCGCUAUUGUCUGGAAUUCAGAUGAUAGUAAAUUGAUUUCCUGUGGUAUGGAUGGUGCAGUAUAUGAAUGGAAUACACUGACUGGAAAGCGAGAAAGCGAGUGUGUACUGAAGUCCUGCAGUUACACUGACCUUUGUAUCACACCAGAUAGUAAAACCAUAUUUGCAGUGGGGUCUGAUCGAACUUUAAAAGAAAUUACUGAUUCCCAGAUUAUUCGGGAAGUUCCAUCGAAUGAUGUUGCAUAUACCUGUGUGGUUAUGUCACAUUCUGGCCGAAUGUUGUUCCUAGGCGCUGCAAAUGGGACAGUCCGGAGUAUCAAAAUUCCACUACCUGUAAAAUCAGAAUGGAAUGAGUAUCAGGCGCAUUCUGGACCAAUCACUAAGAUGGUUGUUACCUUUGAUGACCUAUACCUGUUGACAGUUUCAGAGGAUGCAUGCUUCAUGAUCUGGAAGAUAAUCGAUAAGGAGGGCCGAGUGCUGAAACGUGACAAAGAAGUUGGCCACGCAGAAGAAAUCCUGAUCACAAAAUCAGAUUUGCAAGAAAAGAAUCAAUUGUCAUUGGAGUUAAAAACUCGUGUCGAGGAACUGAAGAUGGAAAAUGAAUAUCAGCUCCGACUGAAGGACAUGAAUUACAGUGACAAAAUCAAAGAAUUAACUGAGAAAUUUAUUCAGGAAAUGGAAUCUCUAAAAACAAAAAACCAGGUUUUGAAGACUGACAAAGACAAGAUUGAGAUAAAGCAUAAGGAAGAUACAGCACUGAUCCUGGAUAGACAUACAAAAGACAUUGAAGACUUAGAAAGCAUAAACAACCAGAAACUAAUGUUAGAAUAUGAAAAAUACCAGGAGUUGCAGCUUAAAUCCCAGCGAAUGCAGGAAGAUUAUGAAAGACAGCUCAAUGAAAUGGAUGAGAGCAAGAGCCAAGCAUUGGAGGAACUGACUGAAUAUUAUGAGACCAAACUCCAGGAGAAGGGUAAAUUUAUUGAACAGCUGCAGGAAGAGUCCAGGCAACAGAUUAAAGAAUCUGAUGAAACAAAGAAACAGAUAGAAGAGGAUGCUGACCGUGAAAUACAGGACAUUAAAAUCAAAUAUGAACGAAAUCUGAGAGACGAGAAAGAGGCAAAUCUCCGGUUGAAAGGAGAGACAGGAAUCAUGAGAAAAAAGUUUACCAGCUUGCAGAAAGAAAUUGAAGACAAGCAGGGAGAGAUUGAGAAGUUGAAGAGUGAACACCAAAAACUGCAUGGAGUUAUCAGAUCACUGGAGAAAGACAUCCAAGGACUCAAGAAAGAAAUCUUAGAACGUGAUGAAACUAUUCAGGACAAGGAAAAGCGGAUCUAUGAUCUCAAGAAGAAAAAUCAAGAAUUGGAAAAGUUUAAAUUUGUUCUGGAUUACAAAAUUAAAGAGCUUAAAAGACAAAUUGAACCACGAGAAAACGAUAUAAAAGAAAUGAAAGAGCAAAUACAGCAAAUGGAAACCGAAUUGGAGCUGUUUCAUAAACAUAAUGCCCAGCUGGAACUUAAUAUUGGAGAACUCAAACAGAAACUAAAGGCCACAGAAGCAGAGAUGCGUAAAGAGAUGGAGAAGGUGCGAAGUGUAGAAUCUAUUGUCAAACAUUUUAAGACUGAUUUGUACAACUGUAUAGCAUUUAUUCAGGAACCAAAGAAAUUGAAAGAUAGUGUGCGGCAACUGUAUGAGAAAUAUGUGCCACAGUCAGAAGUGUUUGAAAUUGCGACUGUUGACUCAAACAUUCAGAAGGAAUUUGGACGACAAAGAAACCACUUGGAAAAAAGUAUUGCAACAUUGCAAAAGAAACUGUUGAAGGACACAGAAAUUCACCGUGCUGACAAUGUCCAUAUUAUGCAGGAAAAUGUAGCUCUUAUCAAGGAGAUUAAUGACCUGCGGCAUGAGUUGAAGGUUGCUCGAAUAAAGGGGCAUGAUCUGGAAGUAGCUCUUGGAACUCUUAAGAAGAAUAAGAAACCAUGUGCUGUUGAAUUUAAAGACAAUUGCUCUCGGAAUGCAGUCACACGUCUUAAUUUUGAUCAUGAGUCGGAACGGAUAAUUGAACUUCAACAACUGGAAAUUAAAAGGCUUCGGGAACAAAAUCAAGCAAAGGAGGAUGCCUACCAAUCUGCUGGAAUAUUACCUGCACUUACUACCUAAUUAACGUUUCAAAUAUGUGAGAACCUAGCACAGAAUGUACAUCUUCCCUUGUAUGCACACAAUGAA